AUGGCUGAUGGACAUUGCACAGAGGUUCAAUCUACUGCACACGAAGACCCGAUUCCAAAUCCUCAAUCUGCAGGACCUGAGGAUUAUAAUCAAAAUUCUCGGCAAAAUCAAAAUGCCCACUCCACACCAAACCUUCAUGAUCCUACUCAUCUCUACAGCCCAUAUUAUAUUGGAGGAAAUGAUAGCUCAGGCACCGUACUGCUUGGCAAAACCAACAGACCCCAACAAUUUCUAAUGGACCAUUGGCUUCGCUGCAACGAUCUUCUAAUCACCUGGCUGCGAAACACUAUGUCUGUUGAGGUAAAAUCUAGUACCCUCUAUGCAGACACUGCUAGAGAGCUUUGGCUGGAGAUCGAACACCGGUUGGGUCAGCAGAAUGCUCCACGAAUCUAUGAGUUGAUGAAUUAUGAACCCAUACCCAACUGUACCUGUGGAGGACUUGGCACUGUAAUUGACAAUCAGCAAAGAGAUUGGAUGAUGCGAUUCCUCAUGGGACUUAAUGAAUCCUACAAAGACAUGAAAGCCCAAAUUCUUCUCAUUAAGCUUCUUCCAAGACUAUAUGAAGUAUAUUCUAUUAUACAACAAUAA